AUCUUUGGCGUGCUGGAGCACCGCUUGGCCCUGUGGGAAUACAACAAUGACUGAAAUUCAGAUCGACAGUUCCUGCCUGCCUCCAGUCCAGGAAGUUUGCCGAGAUUUCGCUGUCCUGGAAGACAGUGCCCUGGCCUAUUGUCUGCAGGAGCAAGAGAUUGAACUGCACUAUGCUUCCAAUAUCCAGAAGAACCAGCUGGUCCAGAACGACCUCCGAAUCGCCAAGAGACUUCAAGACCAGGAAGUGGAAGCACAGAAGCUUCAGGUCUCCAGACAGCAGAAGGAAAUCGAAGAGAAGGAUCCUGAAAAUGCCCAGGCCAUCCAGAAAGGUCAUCAAAGGAAAACGGGAAAAGAUUAUCAGAAGAAGUCAAAAGACCAGCAAGACGGAGAACGCAAGCAAAAAGAAGGGCAAAGGCUCAAAGGAGGCAUAUCCCUUGGGUUUUCCCAUGGGAGGGCUAGCAGAAGGAAGAGAGAUCCAAGCAAUGAGCAUGAGGGAGAUCUUUUCAGGAGAUCUUUCUCCCCCACGCAGGAGAGAGCCAAGCAGUUCCAGAACUUGGAAAAGGACGAGAGUCAUCAGCAAAAGCAGAGGCCCAGGCCCUCACACGGGACAAGAGACGCGACCACCGAGUCCCUGCAUCGGGAGAUGGCCAGACUGGAGCUCCAGUCCCAGCAGCAGUUCCAGGAAGACGAGGACCUGGCCCGGCGGCUGCAAGAGGAGGAGGAGCAGGAGCAGGCUCGAAUCAGAGCCAGGAGGAACCGGGAGCAGGACGACGACUGCAGGGCAGCCCAGGUGGCCCAGGACGAGGAAAUUGCCCGGUACCUGCAGGACAAGGAGCUCCACACCCAGUGGGCGUCCCCACGCCAGGACAGGCACCAGGCCCAGCCCCCCAGGGGCCCAGAGGGGCGACACAGCUCCAGCCCAGAGAAGGAGUCAUGGCAGAGUAGCAGAACUCCCCCCCUGCUCAGAAUCCAGACCCAGGAGAACGCAACUGUGACCAUGAGACGGAGCUCCAUGGAGAAAAAGCCGCAGUUUUGCCGAAAUAUCGCUGAAGUUCUGGAUCCAACUUUUCAAGCUGCUGAAAUGGGAACGCCCUCUGAUGCGAUGGAUCUUGGUUCACGAGCAUCCAGCCCAGGACCCCUGGCCCAGGCAGACGGCUCCUUCGACUACCCGCGGGGGGGUGCCACCCCUGUCUUUGUCUCCCCAACCAAACGACAACCAGAAAAGGUGGGCUGCCCGAAAUCCAGCAACAAAAAGGAAGGCUGCAGGCAGCAGUGAAGCUUCCUCCUGCUCUGCCCUGCAGAUCUAUUUCUCCCUCUGGCUGUCCUGCCGCGCCCCCCGCUUGCCGGGGCCGGGCUCUUUUCUUGCUUUGGGACAGGACUGAAGCUUUUUGUCCAACCUUCCGCUGAUGUCUUUCUUCCUCGCUGGAUUUAUUUCCAGGCUUUCAAACAGGAUGCCAAGGCUGAAAGCUCCCUCCUCUUCUCUCUACCCUGGGCAGGGGCUGGACUAGAAGACCUCCAGGGUCCUAUGAUUACCUUGACUCCCAUCCUUACUCCGGUAUGAAAGGCAGGCUAUAAAUCCCAUCAGUCAAUGAACAAGAAGCUUCAGUGAUGAUGCCAAUGUCGGCGUUUCCUUUUUUUAUUAUUUUUUUAUAUAAAUUUUAUUAAAAGUUUUAAAGAGAAUAUAAAAUCUAGCACAAACUAAUACAGAACAAAAAGAACAAAGAAAGGAAAAAAAAG